GCUGCUGCUGCGGGCUGCGCAUUCCUGGCCGCCCCCCCCCCCCGGGAGGGAGCCGAGGCACUGAAAGGCUCGCUUAUGCGCGGCGCAGACACUGCCCGAUUCAUCCGCGCCUCGCCUCUGCCUCCCGCUCGCUCGCUCCGCCAGCGCCAUGAAGCUCCUGCCGCCCUGUCCGCCUUCGCUGGCCGCCGCGGCGCUGCUGCUGCUCCUGCUGCUGUUUGGGGUGCUGUCGGCGAGCCCCCCGGCCGGCCUGGCUGAGACCCUCAAAGGCAAGCAGAAGGCGCUUCGCCAGAGGGAGGUGGUGGACGUGUAUAAUGGGAUGUGUUUGCAAGGACCUAAUGGUGUUCCUGGAAGAGACGGAAACCCUGGUGUCAAUGGAAUUCCUGGAACACCUGGGAUCCCGGGUCGAGAUGGACUAAAAGGAGAAAAAGGAGAAUGCAUGAGAGAAAGCUUUGAGGAGUCUUGGACACCCAACUACAAACAAUGUUCAUGGAAUGCUCUGAACUAUGGCAUAGACCUUGGAAAAAUUGCAGAGUGCACAUUCACAAAGAUGCGCAGCAACAGUGCUUUAAGAGUCCUCUUCAGUGGAUCACUUAGACUCAAAUGCAGAAACGCCUGUUGCCAGAGAUGGUAUUUUACAUUUAAUGGAGCUGAAUGCUCUGGGCCACUUCCCAUUGAAGCUAUAAUUUAUUUAGAUCAAGGAAGUCCGGAAUUAAAUUCCACCAUUAACAUACACCGCACUUCUUCAGUGGAAGGGCUAUGUGAAGGGAUCAGCGCUGGCCUGGUGGAUAUUGCUGUUUGGGUUGGUACUUGUUCCGAUUACCCACCUGGAGAUGCUUCCACUGGAUGGAACUCAGUCUCUCGCAUCAUUAUAGAAGAACUGCCAAAAUAGAGCUCUUUCAAAGAUUCUCUCCCC